AUGUCUGAUAAUUUGAAUUCAUCAUUCGAGGUUGACUUCAAGUCACCAAAGAAGUCACCUCCUCCAAAGAAGACUGAGCACUUGUUUGCUCCAAAGCAGGACAGCAGUGUUCUGGUCGAGCAACAGAGAAUGGAGGAUGCACAAAAGAUACAUGAUCAAAUCAUCCAAGACAGGAAAGAACGUUGUUCACUCGACUUCCAACGUUCAAAGGAGACGACCAAGCGCACACAUGACAAGGAGCAAGAAGAGAUGGCCGAGAGGAAGAAAGAGUACGAGUUGGAGCAGGAGCACGCAGAAAAGCUGCACGAGAAAGAGGUCAACAUUAGAAAGGAGAAGGCAGAGGCUGAAGUCAAGCAUGCCAAGGAGGUUUCCCAGAGAGUCAAGGAGAGCAAGCUCAAUGGAACUGCCGCUGUAUCCACUUGA